AUGGCCACGGUCGUGGCGGUCCUUGAAGGGAAGCUCACUGUCGCGUACCUCCGCGACGACCCCGAUCGCCUGCUGGAAACUAAGAGGGCCGUCGAGGCUAGAAGGAGACAGCAAGACGAGAAUGCUGCCGCCAGAAAGUUACGAGACGAGGAGGACGCCCUAGCCAAAGAAAAACGAGACAAGGAGGACGCCUUAGCCAAGAAAAGACGCGAGGACGCCGACGCCGCAGCCAAAAAACGACGCGACGACGCCGACGCUGAAGCCAAGAGACUGCGCGAACUCAUCCAGCAACAGGAAGAGAAACGGGAGCAAGAGGAGCGACGGAGACGGCAGGAUGAGUCGCGAAAAAUCGAGGCUGCCAGAGCAGAGAGAGCCGCCCAGAACCCGCGCUCCAUGCGACCCAGAUUUUGGAGGUGA